GCGGCUGUUCCCGGCCGAGGCCCCAGAGGAGAAUGAGCCGGAGGCGGUGGCGGGCUCCCGGCGGAGCGGCCGGACUGGAAGCAUGCUGCGCUGGUUCAUCACCGUCCUCCUGUGUGCCGCCUUCCUGGGGCUGGGAAUGAGUGUCGCUAUACUGGGACCCACGUUUCAAGAUUUGGCAACAAAUGUGAACCGCAAUAUCAGCAGUCUUUCUCUGAUUUUUGUGGGCCGUGCCUUUGGAUAUUUGGGUGGCUCUGUGAUUGGUGGAGUUCUUUUUGACAAUAUGAAUCAUUUUCUUCUUUUGGGGGCGUCAAUGUUCGCUACCACAAUUGGUCUUUAUCUUGUUCCAUUUUGUAAGACUGCGGUGUUACUGAUUGUCGUCACGUCCAUCUUUGGUGUUUCAAUUGGCAUUCUGGAUACAGGUGGUAACGUCCUAAUCUUGGCUAUUUGGGGGGACAAAGGAGCCCCCCAUAUGCAGGCCUUACACUUCAGUUUUGCAUUGGGUGCCUUUUUGGCUCCCCUGCUGGCUAAAUUGGCAUUGGGCAGGAUGGUGUCUGCUGAAAACCACACAGAGGCUGACUUUAACCAUUCUGCCUUCAACCAGUCAUCUGAAGCUGACUCAGAAUCUCUACUUGGAAUACCUGACGAUACGAAUUUACUGUGGGCUUAUGCUGUUAUCGGUGCUUAUAUUUUUGUAGUUUCUCUCUUUUUUUUCGCUCUGUUUGUAAAGAAAAGCUCAAGGCAGGAAAAAGCAAAAGCAUCUGCUCAGAGGUUUCGAAGAGCUAAAUAUCACAAUGCCCUUCUUUGUCUCCUUUUUCUGUUCUUCUUUUUUUAUGUUGGAGCCGAGGUAACAUAUGGCUCUUACGUUUUCUCCUUUGCAACCAGCCAUGCUGGCAUGAAAGAAAGUGAAGCGGCUGGGUUGAACUCCAUCUUCUGGGGGACCUUUGCAGCCUGCAGGGGUAUGGCAAUCUUUUUUGCUACAUGUUUACAACCUGGAACCAUGAUUGUGUUGAGCAACAUUGGCAGCCUGGGUUCAUCUUUAUUUCUGGUGCUUUUCGACAAGAGCCGAGUUUGUCUCUGGAUAGCAACUUCAGUGUAUGGUGCCUCAAUGGCAACCACAUUUCCCAGUGGUGUGUCUUGGAUUGAGCAGUACACGACCAUCCAUGGGAAAGCUGCAGCAUUUUUUGUAGUCGGUGCUGCCCUGGGAGAAAUGGCUAUUCCUGCAGUAAUUGGAAUUCUUCAAGGAAAAUACCCUGAUUUGCCUGUAGUUUUGUACACCUGUUUGGGGUCAUCAGUAGCCACUGCUGUUUUAUUUCCUGUGCUGUAUAAAUUAGCCACCUUGCCUAUCAGUCGUCAGCAAAAAGAACACAGUAAAAGCUAGGACCAGAAAGCUUUGCUCUCUAGCUCUGGGCUAAAUGACUAUGAGGAAGAGAAUGAAGAAGAAGAUGCAGAAAAAUGGAAUGAAAUGGACUUUGAAGUGAUCGAAAUGAAUGAUACAAUGAGGAAUUCUGUAAUAGAGACAUCUAGAUAUAUUCUGAUGGAGCCCACAGCUGACGUCUCCAACCAAUCCCACUCAAAUGCGUUAAUGUUUGAGUCCUCUCCAGUUAAUAUGGGCAAGUCCCCUGUGAAUCACUUGCAAGAAACCAGGACAAAAGGGACUAAGGCCUAG